GUUUACAUCAAGAUUCUUUCUUCUCGUUCCUGUCCCCACCCUCGUUGGAGUUGCUGGAUGUCUCCGCCAUCUCACGGCUCUCUCCAGACAGCAGGAAAUCUCCAGGACAUGGGGAGCCUCAGUCCGAGAGUCCGUCUUUCCGAAGCAGGGAGGCGUCGGAUUCGAAUGCGAAGCCCGGGUCUCCUCGAAAGGUACUGAAGAAGCCUACGUCUCCCCCUCCAGUCACUCCUCACGUGCCCAAGCCUACUCCUCACCAGUUUAAGGUGAAAACAUUCCAGGUCCCCACAAAAUGCAUGCGUUGUACAUCGCUCAUGGUUGGUUUGGUUCGACAAGGUUUCAGCUGUGAAGUGUGUAACUUUGUUUGCCACUCAGCCUGUUCCGUGGAGGCCAACGUCUGUCCAACGCCCCCCCAGCAAAUUCGGUCGCUGGGGAUCGACCCUGUCAAAGGAACGGGGACGGCGUUUGAGGGCUCAGUGUCGGUCCCGAAGCCGACGGGAGUGAAGAAGGGCUGGCAUCGGGCCCACGCUGUGCUUUGCGACUUCAAAAUCUUUCUGUACGAGACGACGGAGUCGAGGAGUUCCCAGGCCAGCGCCGCCGUCACUCAUGUCUUCGACCUGCGCGAUGAAGAAUUCUCCGUGAGCUCGGUCUUCUUUUCUGAUGUGAUUCAUGCGAACAAGAAGGACGUUCCGUGUAUAUUCAGGAUCACGGCUCCUCAAUUAACAGUUCCCAGCUCCAAGACCUCGCUCCUGGUGCUGGCUGACAGUGAGAACGAAAAGAAGAAGUGGGUGACGGUGAUUAACGAGCUGGUAGCCAUCCGCAAGCAAAGCGGCUUCAAAGAACGGUCAGCGGUAUGUCUCAAGGAGGUCUACGACAGCGCACUGCCACUAAUCUGUAACACGCUGACCGCAGCCAUCAUAGACAAGGAACGUGUUGCCUUGGGUACUGAGGACGGACUCUACAUCAUCGAUGUGACCAAAAAUG